UUUUUUCAGCAGAUUCCAAAACCACAAAACUGGUGGUUGCUGAUUGGCCAGUGUUGGGCCUGGCCUAUUGUCUCGGCGCUGUGUCUGUUGGAGCCCCUAUUUCUCCCUAUUCAUCGCGUCAAGCGCCGGUGCUAUUAGCCUGCUGGAGACCUGCCUGUCUUAGCAUUGGAGGAUCUUGUUGUGUUUUGUCAGGUAACCCUGUCUCCAUAAACAUCUUCAUAAAAGGGGUUGAUUGAGGUGCAGGAUGUACAGCUUUAUGGGUGGAGGUUUGUUCUGUGCAGGCGUGGGGAACAUCCUCCUGAUUGUUUCCACAGCAACCGAUUACUGGAUGCAGUAUCGGCAGUCCAGCAACUACAUGCACCAGGGCCUGUGGCGCUACUGUAAGCCGGGGAAAUGCUUCCCACACAACGACAGCAUCGCCCACUUAGAUGCCACCCGUGCCCUUAUGAUCCUCUCUCUUUUGGCCUGUUUCAUUGGCAUCAUCAUUGGCAUUAUGGCCUUCAUCCAUUACUCCUCCUUCGACAGGUUUGACAAAACCUUUGCUGCAGGCAUAUUGUUUUUCAUCUCAUGCUUUUUAGUGUUUCUAGCAAUGGCAGUGUAUACUGGUGUGACUAUUAACUACUAUGGAAAACGCUAUGGAAACUGGAGGUUCUCCUGGUCCUAUAUCAUUGGCUGGGUGUCGGUGGUGCUCACCUUUUUUUCAGGUAUAUUCUAUUUGUGUGCCUAUCGGAUGCAUGAAUGCCCCAGGAGCACUAACUCUCACUAGAAGACCUACACCAUCACCCAGAUAUUUAGCCAUGGAUUACGAUCGCGAGAGCUGCAUCCAGACUGUGUGUCCAUUCUCCCCACCAACAAUGGUUCAGAGCGUACCUGUGGAAAAUGAACGAUCAAAAUUGAAAUGGGUUCAAUAAAAAGAUUUGGCAGAA